CAGGAGGUGGGGAGAGCGGAGGAGGACGGCCGGGAGGCGGCGGCGGCGGCCGGGAAGUGAAAGGUCUCGCAAAGUUCAGCGUCGGCCGCGGGCGCCGAGCCCCGGGCGAGCAGCGCGCCCGCCCUCACGGCCGCUCCGCCGGCAGCCGCCAGGCCGGCUAUGGUCCCGGGGCUCCCGCCGCUCCUGAGCUGCCCGGGCACCGCCAGGCCGGUGCGCGACGGUCACCCCGCCGCCCGGCGCGGCCCCGGCCCGCGGCUCCGCGCUCACGGCGCCCGCUGAGCGAGCCCGGCGCCCCGGGAGGAGGAAGGACCGCAGAGCCCCCGGUGCUCCCGAGGACCGCUGCCGCUUCAGCCCACCCGCUCCCGCCGCUGCCCGGCCAUGGGGAGCUGCGCACGGCUGCUGCUGCUCUGGGGCUGCUCGGCGGUGGCCGCAGGCUUGAACAGAGUAGCUGGAGCAAAUUCCCGCUGCGAGAAGGCCUGCAACCCUCGAAUGGGAAACUUGGCUUUGGGGAGGCGACUCCGCGCUGACACCACCUGUGGUCAGAAUGCCACGGAACUGUUCUGCUUCUACAGCGAGAACACUGAUCUCACUUGCCGGCAGCCCAAGUGUGACAAGUGCAACGCUGCCCACUCCCACCUGGCCCACCUGCCCUCCGCCAUGGCAGACUCCUCGUUCAGGUUCCCCCGGACCUGGUGGCAGUCUGCGGAGGAUGUACACAGAGAAAAGAUCCAGUUAGACCUGGAAGCGGAAUUCUACUUCACUCACUUAAUCAUGGUGUUCAAGUCUCCCAGGCCUGCCGCCAUGGUGCUGGACCGGUCCCAGGACUUUGGGAAGACCUGGCAGCCUUACAAGUACUUUGCAACAAACUGCUCAGCUACUUUUGGCCUGGAAGAUGACAUUGUCAAGAAAGGAGCUAUUUGCACGUCUAGAUACUCAAAUCCUUUUCCGUGCACCGGAGGAGAGGUUAUUUUCAGAGCUCUGUCAGUCCCGUAUGACGUAGAAAACCCUUACAGUGCCAAAGUUCAGGAGCAGCUAAAGAUCACCAACCUCCGUGUACAGCUGCUCAAGCGACAGUCCUGCCCUUGUCAGAGAAACGACCUGAAUGCGAAGCCUCAACAUUUUACACACUAUGCCAUCUAUGACUUCAUUGUCAAGGGCAGCUGCUUCUGCAAUGGCCAUGCUGAUCAGUGUGUACCUGUUGAUGGCUUCAGACCCAUCAAGGCCCCAGGAGCAUUCAACGUGGUCCACGGGAAGUGCAUGUGUAAACACAACACGGCAGGCAGCCACUGUCAGCACUGUGCGCCACUGUACAACGACCGGCCCUGGGAGGCAGCGGACGGCAGGACGGGGGCUCCUAACGAGUGCAGAACCUGCAAGUGCAAUGGGCACGCCGACACCUGUCACUUUGACAUCAAGGUGUGGGAGGCAUCAGGGAAUCGAAGCGGGGGUGUCUGCGUCAACUGCCAGCACAACACUGAGGGUCAGCACUGUCAGCGCUGCAAGCCGGGCUUCUACCGCGACCUCAGGAGACCCUUCUCUGCCCCAGACGCCUGUAAAGCUUGUUCCUGCCAUCCAGCUGGAUCGGCCAUCCUUCCGUUCAGCUCCGUGACCUUCUGUGACCCGAGCAAUGGCGACUGCCCCUGCAAGCCUGGCGUGGCAGGGCCGCACUGUGACAGGUGCCUGGUGGGCUACUGGGGCUUUGGCGACUACGGCUGCAGGCCUUGCGACUGCGCAGGGAGCUGCGACCCGCUCACGGGGGACUGCAUCAGCAGUAGUGCUGACGUAGAUUGGUACCACGAAGUCCCCGCCUUUCAUUCUCUGCACAAUAAGAGUGAAGCAGCCUGGGAGUGGGAGGACGAACAAGGAUUUUCUGCACUUCGACACUCAGGUAAAUGUGAAUGUAAGGAACAAGUGUUAGGAAACCCCAAGGCGUUCUGUGGAAUGAAGUAUUCAUAUGUGUUAAAAAUCAAGAUUUUAUCGGCUCACGAUAAAGGCUCACACGCUGAAGUCAAUGUGAAGAUUAAAAAGGUCUUACAGUCUACCAAACUGAAGAUCUUACGAGGCAAGAGAACACUCUAUCCCGAGUCCUGGACUAACCGCGGCUGCACCUGUCCAAUCCUCAAUCCAGGUUUGGAGUACCUGGUAGCCGGACAUGAGGAUGUGAGAACAGGCAAAUUGAUUGUGAAUAUGAAAAGCUUUGUCCAGCACUGGAAACCAGCUCUUGGGAGAAGAGUUAUGCACAUCUUAAAAAGAGAGUGCAAGUAGCACCAGAGGUGCUAAGCACACGAUGGCUCUUCUCUUGGUCGCAGAUACACAAGUAUAAUGAAAAAGAGACCUCAGAAUGAAACUGGAAUAUUUUUUAAGUGCCAAAAUGUAGGGGAAAAAAUGUUCCAAUGCAUAGGCCUUGUCUAACCCAUCUGUUCUGUAUCUGUGUUUGAAAACAGUUUUGUUUCAGAAAGAGAAAAGAACCCCCCUGAGCUGAUGCCUGCUUUAAGUGGAACUGGUUCCGAAAGCCAUAGCUAUUGAGGACAUUUUAAUAGCGACGUGAUAUUUUACAGUCAUCCAUAAGGGCUGUAUCCCUGACAGGGUCUCCUUCCAGCUUCAGAUAUGCCAUUUACUUUGUGUUUGAUGCUAUUUAAGGAAUUAAUGAGAUUUUUUUAGGGAACCCCUGCCCCCAACUCUACUGUCAGGACAGGUGUUUCUUUAAAAGAGCCUUGUCUUGUGUGCUGUGUGUGGACUUGGGUGUGUGGGGUGUGAAUGGGCCAUGUCUGUGUGUAUAUAUAGUAUUUCCUUCUGUAAAGCACUUUAUCUACCACUUGUUUGUGAAAGUUGGAGACUGCUGUUGACGGGAAGAAAAGAGAGAGGCUGCGUGAAGACCUGCUGAAACAGAAGCCCUGCCGCUGCAGAUGGACAAAGGAGCUAUAGAUAAAGGAAACUGCCACUGGGCUCUAGACACUGAGCGAAACUCUGUAGAGAUGCAACCUAAAAGGAGAACAAACAUUUGUGUGACAUCUCAGUUUGGGGUGAGAGGUUAGAUCACAAGAUACUGGCCAUAAUGAAACUUAGAGAGAGAGAGAGAGAGAAAGAGAGAGAGAGACUUUAAAACAAGAAAGAGAAACCAUAAAUGUAGAGAUAUGUUUGCAUAAAGGGGAAGUAGACUUCAAAUGUCAGAAAGCUCAUUUAUUUUUGAGGCACUUGUACACACUUUGAAAAUUAUUGUAAACACAGAAUUUGUUCUAUUUUUUGUUUAGUAUUUAAACAUGACUAUUGGACCAGUUUCUCCCUUCUUUUAUUAACAGCACAUGGUCACGGCAUUUACCCGUUUCUUAACACAGCAUAUGUGAUUAGCUCACCGGGUUGCUGUUCUUCACUAUCUUUCACUCUCUUUAUCCAGGCAUAGCCGCGCCGCUUACAGUUUCUGCUAUACUUGAAUUUACAAACCAGGAACCACAGUGCUAAAACUUUAGCUUCACAUCCAGAGCAUAUUUUUCCCUGAAGUCCUGUGGACUCACAAGAAAUAUAUAUAUAUUGCUUUGUGAAUGUGUUUUUAUAUUUCAUGUAUGUAAUAAAGGAAUAUGAC